CUUCAGUGUAGAGUGACUCACUGAAGGGACGUUAGGGCAUGUUCAGAGACGAGAUAAAAAAAACGUCCCAGCCGGGAAAGGAAUAUUUAGAAGAAGUCAGAAAGUGUGGGGGCGAUGCACAUUAUAGUGAAUGUAGUGGAGAAGCGCACAUCUCUGUGGGUGUUUUUGCGUUAUUUCUUCAGAAAAGACGCUCUCCAAUGGAAAGAAACGCAACUGAAGAUCUUAUGUUGUCACAGGGCAUGGAUUUAAGUAGAGUUCUGGUAGUAGUCUUCAGCAUGGUUGCCUCUGAACUGUCUAGCGUUCAAACUAGACCAAUUGACUUUGUGUGUGAUAGCGAGGCCAGAAGAGUGAUGAACAAAGUGAAGGACUUACAAGAGGAAAUGAAAGUCUGCAGUGCUGUAGAUGCUCUACCCUCUCCUAUUCAAUUACCAUGCGUCGGCAUUCACAAACCAACCUGGGAGAGAAAAUCAGUGCAUGAGUGGAGGGCUGAGAUCCUGCUGUCUUUGGGGACUCUAGCGCAGGAUGUGCGGUCUGCCAGGACACAGAGCCAACCUGGCUGUAGAUUCAAUCUGCUAGAGCGCUUGGAACGCAGUAUCAACAACUACCUGCAUGUAGUCAGACUACUCUACAUUGAGCAGGGGGAGCAAGUAGUGCCCCAGGCAGAGAGAUGUCUGGGUCAGCCCUCUAAGGAUUUGGGUUUGGUGUUGAAGAACUUUGGGAGACUUCUCACAGGCAAGUUGGAGUGGCUCAUUGCUGAGAUGGAAAAGGGGUGCCAUGACUGAAAAACUGACUUCUAAGUUCGGCUUUCUUCAACCUUGUGUAAUGGGACCAGAUAGGCCCAAUCCAUUUUAACAAUGGUCCACCUUCAAGACAAGGGAGGGCCAUGCACUUUGCCGGAGACCACAGAAGAGAAAGUACACUUACAGAAGAGAAAGUACAUGAUAUGUAAAUGACAAGACUCUGCCAUCUACUGGAUCAUAGCUGAACUGACUCACCUGUUGACAUGCACCCACUAGAAAUUUUAAAACAUACAAACUGUUCUGAACUGAAAACUUUUUUACACCACAGAUUAUAUUUAUUUAUUUUAUAGGCUGCAUUAAAGUUGAAUUGACUCUACAUGGUGUGAUAGCACAUGGAAGACAACCUGAAGACAAUAAAAAGGGCAGAAUGUAUGACUUUAUCUGUACACUCCAAGUUAUAAUUAUGGGAUAUUUUUGCAUAUAAUAUAUUUUGUAUAAAAAUAGUAUUUACAAUAUUUUAUUAAAAAAAAAAAAAAAAAAACAUUUAUUCAAUAUUUUUAUUAAAUUGAAACACUGAUGCAUUAAAACAAAACAGUAUAAACAGUGCACAAUGUGAAAAUAUGUAAUAUUUAAAUCACUAAAUAUAUUCUCUUUUUAAUAUAUGAUGUCUUCUCUUGUAAUGUUACCCCAUUAAAAUUAUAAGAGCUGUUAAAUGUACAUAUCUAAAUAUUUAAAUAUAUUUUCAUUUAAUUUGUUGUGUGGAUUAUAGUGUUUCAUCUAAACACUGACCACGAACAUCAGCUUUACAUCUACGUUUAAAUGUAAAGCUACGUCUUUAACGUGUGCACUAUGCAGGCAGUUUUAACUCAAGUGGAUUUAAUUGUGGAAGAUGUAUACACUGCCAUUGUAAAGUUUGGGGUCAGUAAGAUUUUUUAAAGAAUUUACUACUUUUAUCCAGCAAGGACACAUUAAAUUGAUCAAAUUUAAAUUGAUCGAAUCCACUCAACAGCACUCAAAGCGCCACAUUUUUAAAAUUUCAGUACCGACUUGGUACCGAAGUCUGUACUUUUGACAACUCUACUUUCUGAAGGAUCAUGUGACACUGAAGAUUGGAGUAAUGAUGCUAAAAAUGAAGCUUUGCAUCACAGAAAUAAAUUAUAUUUUUUAAAAACUAUAUUAAAAUAGAAAUCAGUUAAAUUGUAACCAUUUCAAAAUAUUACUGUUUUUACUGUAUUGUUUUGAUAAAGUCUCACCAUCUGGACAGUAGCAGCACACAUCUAAAGAGAGGAAAAACAAAUCUCAGCAUUGUUUUGCUUUUGUUCUGCUUUUGCUAAUUUUGCUGAAUAUGCACUUAGCAGCCCUGGUCAGGUUCAGAUGCAUCUGAUGACAAUGGUUGUAGGUACUGUAGGUCUUUAUAUUAUUCUAUGAGAACUCAAAUGAUAUACAAAAGAAGUGUAAAGCAUUUCAUGAUCUACAGUAGUGGCCAAAAGUGAUGUCUGGCCUAGGAAAAUUGCUAGCUUCACCCUUAAUUCACAGAUUAUUACAAUUUUGUUAAAGAUUUUGUAAGCAUAUUGCGUAGUUGUGCUUGGAGUCAAUUAUUAUAUUUGUAAUUACGCAAUGAAACAUGCCAAAUUGUGUGGACAUCAUUUUUUCCCAGGCUGUCAUAGAAAAAAUUAAUAAUAGUAAUAAAGAAAAAAGAACUAAUGAAAUAUUAUCAACUGAUGAUGUAGUCAAUGUAUGCUUUUCUUAUUGUAUAAUAAAACCUGUAGAUACAGA